UUACUUUGUAUAUGACUCUGGGAACCGCCAAGAAUUAUUAAUGGUUUACCAUGAAGAGGCUUGCUGUUCUCUUAGUAUACCUAAUCUAGCGAUGUCUAUGAAAAGCAUACUGAUAUUUGGAAAUUACCUUGAAGACAGCAGAAAUAUUCUCAAAGUGAAAAAAACAGCAACAAAGCAAAGGCUGUUGAGACGAAAUCGGAUGGAGGUAGUUGGAUUUCUUUGCAAUCUUCCCCAAACGGAACAUGACCUAAACUGCAUGACUGUCGAUGUUAUCAAGCAAACAGAGUCCAUGCUGUGUUUUAGUGUUCAAGGAUAUUUCAAAGAAGUUGGACAGAGCUUCAACUCUACAAUCAGAGCUUUUUACAGAACAUUUGUGUUAGUACCAGGAAGCAGUGGAAGCAUAUAUAUUAUUAAUGACCAGAUGGUGAUCAAGAGUGCAUCACAUAAGCAGGUUCAGAAAGCAUUCUCCAAACCAGCAGUAUCCUCAGGCCCAGACAGUGCUGGUUCUUCUGACAGUCUGCCCUGCAAAUACGACGAAAUGAUAACAACACUGUCUCAAAACACAGGCAUGAAUACAGUGUGGGCACAGAAGUGUCUUCAGGAAAAUGACUGGAAUUUUAAACAGGCCACAGAAGUAUUUAAUUACUUUAAGGGAAAAGGAGCAGUUCCAUUGGAAGCAUUUAAAAUGUAAAGCUCAAGAUUGAAGAGACUUCUGGAGUUGCAUGACGUCAAUGGAAGUACUUUAGACUUCUGUUUGAUUUCAUUUCUAAAGGUAGAUGGUCGGUAAUCCAGUUUUUUUCCAGUGAUGUGGAGGUCUGCUAGCAUUUGCAAGUGUUACAGUUGACU